AUGGCCAUGGAAUCGAUGGUGCGCGUGUCUAAGGGAGUUGGGGUCGUUCCGGCGGCCGCAGCCAACCUGUAUUUAACGCGUCCGAUGAACAGAGAACGCGUAAGAAACACUAAUCAAGAGGCGCACGCCCUGCUGAAGGACAUCAGCAGUGGACAGAACUUCAAUCCCAAGGUGACGAGCUUCCUCAAGAGUGUGGAAGAGCUCACCAAGGACCUCCUCUCAACCCCCAUGAAUGACUGGCAGGACGAGUUGGGGGCGCUGCGACGAGACAUCCAGGGCAUCAAGGCAGCUAUAGAGCAGCCUUCGAAGCAGAUAGUGGAAUCGUUCGCAAAAAUGGCAGCCAAGGCGCCAGCGCCGGCCCAUUUCCUGUCCUCCCAGUCCUUAGGCUCUGAGCCUGCACGACCAAUGGAGGUUGCACGUGAUCGCGAGGUGGUCGUCUGUCUUGGCGACCAUGCGUAA